UAGAUAUGAUGGAUGCAGUCGACUUUGAACUCUGUCUUAAUGUGGAAGAGCAAGCAGCCAUAUCGCAUCAUGAGGAACUAGAAGCUUCAUCCAGACGUGGACAGGAUGAGUCGACAAACACUAUGCGCGAUACUGGCACAGCCAGAACCCGAUCUUGGAGAGAAAUUGGCGACAGUAAUCAUUAUGAUGAAUAUAUCGCGAAAUCCCCAGCCAGAAAGAGAGCAAGGACGUCAAGUUCCGGGAGCUGGAGGGAGUGGGAGUUGGAACAAUAUACUCGGGAUACUUCGUCUAGUCGUCAACUGGGAAUUACGCAGCAGUCUGAAGAAAAUGUCGAAGUCGAUACCAACACAGAUGUCACUGUAUUUAACAGCGGCGAUGGCAAUUCCUCUAUCCUUGAGGCCCGUGUUCAUCCGACGCCGUUUGGGACUGCUACAUCUACUUCUAUUCUUGACGACAUAUUCAUUCGAGAACAGCCUCGUCUCCCGUUGACACCACUGCCUCUUUUGCCUCUGAGAAGAAGCCAGGAGGAAACGGCGAGAAGACGACGCCCAGCUCUUCCUGUUCCUUUCUUUCUUCAGGCAUUUCCCUCGUCUCGUCAUCAACAUGAAAAGAGGGACGAUAACACUUAUUUCGAUAUCUACGAAGACCCCACAGACCCUUUUGAAAAUAUGGACAUGGAUCUCGACGCGGCAAUGGAUAUCGACUCCACGGGAAGUCCUCAGCAAUCAAUCUCGGAUUUCGACCUCAGUGAGAACAAGGAAAAUACCGAGGAUGGAUAUGGAUCUGGCGGAAAUGGUGGAGGGCGGACGGAGAUGCGGCCAGAGGGGUCAGGCUCUGAUACGGAGACGGCUACUCCUCAAGAUCAAGUUGAAGGUCAGCAUCAUAAUCGACGAGAUGGCCCAGAAAUUGGGGAAGAGGAGCUUGAUAGGAGAGAAGGGGCCCUUGAAUUCUUCCCUCUUUUGUAAUGAUAGUCUGCUACGGCAUGAUCUGCCAUGGACACAUUACGGUUGAGGUUGAGUAAGACCUAUUAUUGACUCUUUUUCUUCUCACAAAAUUAUGAGAUAGUCAAUCUGAUAUGCGCAAUCUGGGGUUCAGUUUAUCCUAACCUUGCCUCGACAUGUGGACCUGGAGACAUGGUUCGAUGAGUUAUGUGAGGGUGUGGAAAGGAAAUGAGAUGGAUGAUUCAUUGAUCUGUCUGUGUAUUCAAUUUUCCGAACGAAAACCGUUGACUAUUAUUACGAUGAAACGAAGAUGGAUGAAUUUAUGAUAGAUGUUAAAAAAUGGAUAUACAAAACAAUUGAGACUGGUCUGCCAUGGUUGUUUAUUGACAUGGGAUAUCUCUAGAGUUCAUAUUCCUGCAAUAUCUCCG